UUUUGGGCUCAUUUUAUGGGAUUUCCCUUGUUCCAGGUGAUAGAAAAAGCCCAUAACAAUGAAUUGGAGCCGACCCCCGGUAACACCCUGAGACAAACGUUUGAGAACCAGGUGAACAGGAUCCUCAACGACGCCCGCGACAAAACGGGCUCGUCAGCCCAAAAAUCGCUGUCGGAAUACAACAACUUCAAGUCCAUGGUGGUGUCGGGGGCCAAGGGCUCCAAGAUCAACAUCUCACAGGUUAUCGCAGUUGUGGGUCAGCAGAACGUGGAGGGGAAGCGGAUCCCCUUUGGGUUCAAGCAUCGCACGCUGCCCCAUUUCAUUAAGGACGAUUACGGCCCCGAAAGCCGCGGAUUCGUCGAGAACUCGUACCUGGCCGGGCUGACCCCAACUGAGUUCUUCUUCCACGCCAUGGGGGGCAGGGAGGGGCUCAUUGAUACGGCUGUGAAGACGGCGGAGACUGGUUACAUCCAGCGGCGUCUGAUCAAAUCAAUGGAGUCAGUGAUGGUGAAAUACGACGCGACGGUGCGGAACUCCAUCAACCAGGUGGUUCAGCUCCGUUAUGGGGAGUCCAGAACCAGAACCAGAACCUGAACCCAAACCUAAACCCAGACCUGAACCAGAACCUGGACCUGGACCUAAACCAGA